UUGUAUCUUAACUAAGUUAAAUUUUUAAGACUGUUAAUUUAAAUUUAACUUGGUUAAAAAACAAAAGUAACUUACCCAACCCUGGAUCUAAGCAUUCCAUAAUAUCUACGGAUGAUUGGAGUAUCAUGGGGCUAUGUUAUUUUUCUCUGUUAUUACUGUUCCAGUAUGAAUUUUAAGCGAUGGUGUUUAUGAUUGUUUAUUUUUCAUUAAUUUAUAGAAAUAAAUUUAUAUCAAGGGCAGUGGAAGAGUCGUUUUCUCCUUCAACAAUCUCAUCAAUUCGCUCUGAUUAACUUCAUUAGCGUCCCGAUUAGCACAUAAGCGUGAAGCGAAAAGGAGAACGAAUACAAGUACGUUUCUCUCACGUUUCCACGGAUCUCCCCCGAUUUCCGUUGCAGCUUCUUCGCACAGUUCGAACAGUCUUGUCGACACGAUCGAUAAACGACUAGCGACUUUGACUCAGUUUCGUCCACAGCGGUGUGUAAUCAACUGUUUCUCUCUCUUCUCUCGGCGAUCUCGGGUCUUCAAGAUGAAUAACGUCUUGCUGCUUCUGCUGCCGUUGUGCCAGCUGUUGCAGCAAACACUUGUCUUUGCGCAGAUGUCCUUUGACACCUCAAUGGCAACAACUGCCAUCGUGAAUCAGCAGUGUCAGUGCUUCCUUGGAACCAGCUGUCCCACAGGCACCGGCGGCAUUGACAUCAGAAUAGUGAAUACGGGUACAACCUGCCCUCCUGGAUACGUGUACUGUUGUACAUCCGGCGGCGGGGGUACGAACAAUCCUAAUUGCGGUGUUCGAAAAAUCCCACCCUCCGCGCAUCCGGUGGGACAAGCCGCUUACGGUGCGUAUCCCUGGAUGGUGGCUAUUUUGACCAACGGCAACGUUUACGUCGGGGGAGGAGUGCUUAUCAGUACAACACACGUCCUCACCGUCGCUCACAAAGUAGCAAAUUAUGUGAACGGCGGGAUCAAAGCGCGAUUAGGCGAGUGGGACGCUCAAGCUACUACUGAACCUAAUCCGUACGUAGAGAUCUCUGUCUCAAGAGUCACCCUGCAUCCUCAGUACAAUUCGCAAAACCUCCAGAACGAUAUAGCGGUGCUUAAACUGAGCUCCGCUGCUCCCGUCGCAACUAGUCCUAACAUCAACACGGCGUGUCUGCCAUCUUCAGCCGCUGCCACAGGAACGAGAUGUUGGGUGUCGGGCUGGGGAAAGGAUGCCUUUGGAAAUAACGGGAUGUAUCAAAAUAUCCUGAAGGAGGUAGACGUGCCUAUACUGAGUCAAGCGGAUUGCCAAACGGCCCUUCGAAGGACAAGACUCGGUGGCCUCUUCGUUUUGGACGGCAGUUUCAUGUGCGCGGGAGGGGAACCUGGCAAGGAUGCAUGCACCGGCGACGGAGGCUCACCGCUGGUGUGUUCAACAAACAACGGACCCUACCAAGUUGUUGGACUGGUGACAUGGGGUAUAGGCUGCGCAGGUGCAGGCGUACCCGGUGUGUACACCAAUGUUUACAACUUCCUUUCCUGGAUAAUGCAACAAAUGACAUAGCUGUUGAAAAUAUACAGCGUACAAAUUAAACACAAAAAUUAUGUUCAUUAAGCUAAAUCUUGUAAAAUAUUUUGCGAUACAUUAUUAAUAUAUUGUAUGUAUAUCAAUACAUCGUUUGAAAGAA